UUCGUGAUUCCAACUUCUGAGGAAAGACCACAUUUUCUCAGAAGUUGGAAGAUCUCUUUGCCCAAAAAAAAACUUCUGAGGAAAGACCACAUUUUCUCUCCCCCUCCUCCCUCUGUCGCUAUGCUUUUUGAUGCAACAGAAAGACCCAGCAAAACCCUUCAACUCAACGGCACUUCCUGCACAGAUGAGAGAUGAAGAAGCCUCGGAAUGGCUCCUUAUAUAUCAAAAGCCAAAGCAAAGACACCAAUGAGACCUUCAAUUUUCAGAAACACAAUGAAAGCUGCAAUUUUCAGAAAAACAAUGACAGCUGCAAGAACAAAAACAAGAAGAACAACUACAGCACCAAUAAGAGCAAGAGCUUCUAUGAAUUAUCUGUGUCUUUGAUCUUCUCACUUUGGUGCCUUGUCUUCCUGUUCUACUCUAAACUUGGUCUUGGCCAUGGGAAUGGAGCUCCUGAUAACAGAACUACACAUUGUCCUAGUGUUCACAAUGGUGAGCACGGUGAUCAUGCAUGCUCAUUUGUAGAAAACGGAAACAGAAGGCAGACUAAUGGAAUGCUAUUAGAUUUUGGUUCGUCUAAAAGCCAUAAUGAUUCUGAUGUAUCUCACAACUAUGCAAUUUCCAAGUACUCACUUCCAGAGACAAAUAGGUUAGAAAAAUUAGUUUGGAGUGUUUUAGGUUAUGGUGAUUUGGUUUGUGAAGUACAUCAAGCACAAGAAGAGCAGAACACAAAUCAUUCAGGGCAAUAUCUGAAUGGUAGAACUUCUCAUUCCACCUAUCUCAAUUUUGAUGAAUUUCGAAACAUAACAAAGCAAGAAAAAGGUCAGGAUGUGCCUAGUCAGCUCGUUAACAUUCCCCAUGGGCUUGAACCUGAUGGAACGGAGUACAACUAUGCCUCUGCGUCCAAGGGUGCAAAAGUGGUGGCUCACAAUAAGGAAGCAAAAGGAGCAAGCAACAUAUUGGGCAAGGAUCACGAUAAGUACCUGAGAAACCCUUGUUCUGUAGGGGGGAAGUUUGUUAUCGUUGAACUUGCAGAAGAGACUCUGGUAGAUGCUGUCAAAAUUGCAAACUUUGAGCAUUACUCUUCUAAUUUCAAGGAAUUUGAAUUGUCAGGUAGUUUAAGCUAUCCAGCAGACGCAUGGUCCCCAUUGGGAAACUUUGUUGCUGCUAAUGUCAAGCAUGCUCAAACCUUUAAGCUGCCAGAACCCAAAUGGGUAAGAUACUUGAAGUUGGAUUUGCUAAGUCACUAUGGAUCAGAGUUUUACUGCACACUGAGUGUUCUAGAGGUGUAUGGUAUUAAUGCAAUUGAGCGAAUGCUUGAAGAUCUGAUUGUGGCGUCUGCAGAAUCUGCGGCCAAUAAAUUGGCAGAGCCUAAUGCAACUGUAAUAUCUUCUACAAAAGAAGAGGUUGGUUCAACUGACCAGAGGACAAGUGGUGAAGGUCAAAAUGGGGUGCGAAUGGCUGGUGUAGGGAUCGAAAACAUUGAAGAUACACAAAAAGUAAAUUUAGACGUUACCAAAAAUCCCGUAACUACGAACAAGAUUCCAGCAACAACGAACAAAAUUCCAGAACCUGUUAUGAAGGUAAGACAGCAGCCAAAUGGAAGAAUUCCUGGUGAUUCUGUUCUGAAGAUUUUGAUGCAAAAGGUGAGGUCACUUGAGCUGAACUUAUCUGUGCUGGAGGAAUAUAUCAAAGAAUUAAAUCGAAGACAAGGGGAUAUCUUGCCGGAGGUUGGUAAAGAGCUAUUAAGAUUAUCAUUGCUUUUGGACAAAACCAAAACGGAGAUUAAAGAUCUUAUGCAAUGGAAGGAAAAUAUGGAAAAAGAAUUUACUGACCUCGAAUCAUGGAAAGCUGUUGUCUCAUCUCAAGUGAAUGCAUUGGCCAGGGAAAACAACAUGUUAAGAUUGGAUUUUGAAAAUGUUAGGAAAGAUCAAGCGAGCCUGGAAAGUAAAGAGCUUGCUGUUCUAGCCGUUAGUCUUUUCUUUUUGUGCUUUGCCAUUCUCAAACUAGUUUCAUUGCAAGUUUUGACAUUUUUCAGAGCCUCCUCUCAGCCUGAGAAUGCAUGCAGGAAAAGUAGAGGUUGGGUUUUGAUGAUUGUUAGCAGCAGUAUGACAAUAUUCAUUACUUUGAUCUGUAGUUAGUCUUUCUCCUCUUUCUUGUAGUGCCAUAGGUUUUUGGCUCCUUAGUCAUUAGAUCUUCCGUAUAAAAAGAAGAGAACGGUGUUGUAGAAAGAAAAAUUAAAAAAAAGGUUGGUUGUCUUUUUAUUUCCGUUUUCUUUUUUUUCUGAGCUACAUCAUUACAAACAAUAAGAAAAUAAUCAGCAAUCUUAGGCUCCUUGCAGCCGAAUUUGCAAAAUUUGAUGCCUCAAGGCCCAACUUGUCUUCGCUGACUUUCUAGGCCAGCAGUCUAUAUAAGGUCCCAUUGGUCCAACGGUCCAUGAUCUGGUGUCGUUGUAAUCGAAUCUUUUUCUAUUA